AUGUUGUCUGAUCAUCCAGAGCCUGACUGGGAUUUAGUUCCUGACGUCAAGUUGUUUGAGACUCAAUCGUCCCACAUGUCUCGCAACCUCAGCAAUGGAUAUUCUGAGCAACGUACACCAACAACACUGUAUCGAAGGAGCCUGCCUAACCGUAUUAAAGUGCUUGAAUACAUCACACCCUUGACAAUGCCACCCAGCAGCUAUAUUCUGUGCACGAAUUCGCUCGGUCCUGAACGUAGCCCGAUUCAAGGGUCCGUUACACACCUCAUGCCUUACGAUGACGGAAGCGACAGCCCUCCUUCAUCGAUCAGAAAUGUAGAUUCGAGUUCUUCGGCUUCCAUUGAAGACUAUGAUUGGGCUUGUGAUAUUACAACGGCCGCAACUCCUUCAGCAGAGAAGUUGCCUGCUGAGGUAGAAAGGUUUCUGUAUCAGCUAAAGAGUGGGGCUGCUCUGGAGGUUUCAAUGCCGAUGUCUCUUUACAGUGCCCACUGUACAGAAAUCCAGAAUUUCAUUGGUUCACCGGUUGUCUGUCGCCCCGGUUCCGAUGGAAUUGGAUAUAUACACCACUGCGAUGACUUCAAAAAUCGAAGUAUUCUCCGAUCCCCUGCGUGCAACACUCUCUCCACAUCAAAGAGCUGGCCAGAGGGCAAAAUGCCCUACAGUAUGCAUGAACGAAUCAAAGCGAUUUUCUCAGAGGCUGCUCGACAAAUGAUCAACAAUGUUGUGCCUGGGUUCAAUGCAACAACAAAGUAUUCUAGGGAUGGACGAUCGUAUCAGCUGGACGACAAUCUUCACCUACUAAGGUCUCAUCAGCCACGAGGCAACACUCAUCCAAGGGAACCUAAGUACUGGAUACCAGACGUUGCUGUUUCUGUCGAUGGGGACGCUUUCUUCCUUAUUGAGGUUGCGCAUACCCAGGGUACACAAGAUGUGGUCGCUCGGGUUCAGAACUGGUUUCUAAAUAACGCUGUUCGCAUUACAAUGGGGGUGGACAUUAUAGAGGGACCCUUCAGAAUCGGGACGAUGGCGAAAGACUGCAACGACAAUAUGCUUUCAGCAGAAGAAUUCCACGCACAAAAACAUUUAAAUGAGAAGCUUGGUGGAUGGUACUGGACAGUGCAUGGGGCAGAGCGGGUCUUUGUAGGGCAGGUGACGAUCGAGGUGUUCUUGGCCUGGCGCAUGAGAGUUGACGGUGUUUGGCACAUCAUGACCAGAGGACCGGUACGUUUGCUGUCAAGGUUACACUUCUAUGACUGA